AUGGGCUGUACUCACAGUAAAAAUGCGAAAACGCAAUCAAAGCGGCAAAUGUUGGAGCGGCCGAUCGACGUGAGAACCAAUUUUUUUCUGUUUCGUCAAAAACUGAUCUAUAUUGAAGCCGGCAUUUGCGCAAAAAGAUGUCAGACACGCCUCCGCUAAUGUUUCGUAAGACUUUUGAACGGAUCAAAAUGUUGGAAAACCUUUUCAGAAGCACUUCAACUGAUUCAUCACCCAAUGAAAACUACCACCAGCUACCAAAAACGACUAAGCAAUCUCUGCCUGAAAAGCCCGCAGUUGGGGUGACAGAUGACAAUCAUCCUAAGAUAAGCGCGACGGCUGGACUUCGAGGCACUUUCCAGUUCUCACAGCCGUUUCAAAACAACUUUUCAGACGAAACGAACCAGCGACCGACCCAAACUGCUGACCCGAGACAACGAGACAAAGUGAUAGGAGGGACCUCCGACUACUGUGGAAUGCCGCCGAUGGCGCCACGACAGUUGGAAGAGCCAAAGGAGGCUCCGCCGCCUUAUGGGUCUGGCAAAAAGCUCAAGGAGCGGGAGCACAAGCGUAAGAAGGAAAGAGAACGCAAGCCAGACAAAGAGGACUACGGUACGAUCUCUAGGCGCAGCUCAUUUUCCGAUUAUUCUAGCACCUUUGUACCGGCCUCACUUGAGCGCGGAAGAUAUGGAAUGUAUUCGACGUUCAGUUCAACAAAGAAACGAGAGGUACAUUUCAAAACUUUUAUUAAAUUUAGUUUCACAAGUAAAUCAAACAAAAAAUAGGAAAAAAAAAAAAUUAAAGAUUACAUUUGCAAAAAAAAAGACUGAAAAACGCAACUACAUGUAUAGGAAUGAUUCCGAAAUAAGACAUCGCGAACUUCAAAUAAUGACAAGAAAAAAACGACUCUAAACUAAAUAAAUGUCAGAAACCCUUUCAAAAUGAAUUUUUCCUAUUUUUUUAUUCAUUUUGAAAGGGUUUCUAUUAAAGCGCAGCUGGAAGUCUCAGCUUCAAUGCAUCGAGAGGUCUUAUAAGCAGAAGUCGAAAAAUAGUCAAUCCUUCCCGACUUGAAAAGCGAGGGAGGCGGAGAAGUGGGCGUGACGCGUAGCGUUUGCGUUCGCGGUUCUUGGCACGAGUACAAUUCAACCGCCAACGACUAUUUGGAAAACUCUUUUUUCGCUCUUUUCAUUCCUUUUUCAAUUAUUUUUUGAUUAUUUUCAUGUGUGCAUUAAAAAGUAGUAGAACAUAUAGAAAAAGAGCGGUUGCCAAGCUUUUAUAAAAGUAGGUAGCGAUUUAAUUGAACUGGCGCCAAAAACCGCGUACGCAUACGCUACGCGUCCCGCCGCUCCUCCGCCUCCCUCGCCUUUCAAGUCGGGAUGGAUAGGUAAUUAAUUUGAUUGGUAAGCAAUUUUUGUCUCGAACAGACGCUUGAAUUCGACUUUCUGAACUCGAAGAUGGAUUUUUGAAGCUGAGACCAAUCAAACAUUGCAAUUGAAAUAAAAGACACGAAAUGAAGGGUUUGGGUUGCAGACGCGCCUACAUGCUGCAGCAUCGCGACGAGACCGACGACACGCUCUACGAACUCGACUGUCGGAUGCCCGAGCGCGACUACUCGAGGCAGUUGGGCAACGUGCAGCCAGCGCGUUAA